CACACCAGCUCCUCGACUACCUCUACCUCCCACUUACCACACUCACUUCGUCAACCUCGACCUCAACACCUACACCACCUACACUCGACGUCUCCGUCUCUCGACCUACUCAAUUCUCACACUCGUUUGCCACGGUUACCACCACCAAGGAAGCAACAAUGGCCGUCUUCAAGAAGCUGCUCGUCGCAGCCUGCAUGCUCAGCAGCGUCGCCGUAGCUGGCACCACCAUCGCCGAUAGCUCCAAAGCGGUGCCCACUCCAACUGAUGAUCCGCUCUACUCCUCGCGCCUAUCGGUCAUCUCUCCAAUUGUGCCUCCUCACCACACCAACUCGGCGUCCGCUGUGGGCCCCUCCUCUUCUCCGUGCGGCGAAUCGUCCGUAUCGUCUUCUAUCGCGGCUUCGCCCUCGGCUCCAUCCGUGACCGAGCCUGAGCCUGUCGUGCCCUCUUCGUCCUGCCCCUGCGGCAACAAGACGGUUACGGUCACGGUGUUGCCCACGCCGUCCUCGGCGCUCUCGCCGUCUUCAUCAUCAUCUUCGGUCCCGCAGCCAACCAUCCCAACCAUGGGCCCAACCAACACCGAGCCCAGCGCCCCCAUCGAGACGCACUCGGCCAACUCGACGUACUACACGCCCACGCUGACAGCCUCGUCCUCGGCGUCGCUGUCCGAGUCUGGAAGUGUCAGCAGCAGCUCUUUGAUCUCGCCUUCGACGUCCCUGCUGACGUCCACCACCCUGCCUGGCUACGACAACAACCCUGGUACUACGUCCAAGCCUUCCUUCAACUUCACGGCUACGGCUACGAGCUCCAGGCCUUCCGUGUCCUUCACGGCUACUACAAACUCCUCGGACCCCAUCUACACGGGUAGCGCUGGCAAGGUUGUAGUUGAGAACUCGGGACUCACCCGUGGUGCCGUCAUGCUCGGCUUGGUGGCUAUUUGGGUUUAA